AUGGCGUCGGAUAAUAGUGCUGCUACCCUGCGAGAGACCUUCAGGUCUACUGCCGAUCGACUUCUCGAAUCCCUGUCGUCUAUGUCCGACCCCUACAUUGACCGCGACAAGCUCCCUCGCGAUGCCUUCGCUAUCAGUUACUUCGACCCCGAAGACAACACAUCUCUGGAAUCCAGCGGGUGGCUGUUUACGCCAAUGCCGCAAGUAAAUCUCAACCGGUAUACCCCAAAUUGCCAGAAGUCUCUCCUUGGUGGGCACUAUCCAGGCUUCGAGGAAUUCCGGUCAAACCCCAACCCAACAACCCUCCUCGAGGAAAUGGGACAAUCCCCAGGGAAAAGGGCUAGGAUUCUUGAGCGAUGCCUCGAAACCAUGUUUAUUCGUUGGUGCCGCAAACUCAUCCGCAAAUCCUUGAUUGACAAGACCAAGUGGGAGCCUGUAGUCUACCCGAAUCCGUUCCUGUCUCGCGAGGGCUUACUGUCACGAUACCUACCUCCCGGCUGGGGCGGCGGGAUCUUCGAGAACGUCCCCAGCUUCCCACACAUUAUGAUGUUGCAAGUCCAGGAGAUAUCGGUGACCGAGGACGAGAUGCUUCUUGGGGAAAUCGGGCCGAUCGUGCAAGCGAUCAGGAACAGACUCGACCAGGAGGAAUUCGCCGAUACCGCUUUCUUCCCUGUUCUGAUCAUAUCGCUUUCAGGCCCCCAACACGGUCGGAUAACCCAAGGCUGCUUCGAUCGAUCCGGCAUACUCCAGCUAAGAAUGAGCAAGCUGUAUAGUUUUGAGACUGAACAGGAGGCACCGUUUGAUCUCUUCUUGCGCUUUUUGGCGAACACGCCCAAAGAGCACCCGGAGGAGAAUGAUGUUAUGGCGUAG